AUGUCGGGCCCGGCGCGUGCGCGCCCCAACGCGCUCCACCUCGUGCCCGCCGUCCUCCUGCUGCUGCACUGGAUCCCACAACCUGUCACAGCUGUUAUAUGUAAUCAAACUGUAUGCGACUGUGCCGGUUUAAAAGGAGAUCGAGGAGAUCCAGGUCCUCCCGGAGUCAUUGGUCUACAGGGUGAUUAUGGUGACGAUGGACCUGAAGGACGGAUUGGCAUACAAGGUGAACCAGGUGACUGGGGUGAGCGAGGUGACAGUGGCGACAAAGGCGAACGGGGUUUGGAAGGAAUGUAUGGAGCCAGAGGAUAUACGGGACCCCAGGGACCUCACGGGCCAGAAGGUGUACGAGGUUUACCUGGAUUUGACGGAUGCAGUGGUGUAGACGGUGCCGUAGGACCAAUUGGAAGGCAAGGUCCUCCUGGUGAUAGAGGUCUACCGGGGCCAUAUGGAGAGAAAGGCUCUCAAGGGUUAGCCGGUGAAGGAGGUGUUAACUCCAGAGGUGCAAAAGGAGAUCAAGGAGACUAUGGUCGUCAUGGAUCGCCAGGAGCUCCAGGUCCAAUGGGCUGGCGAGGCGACAGUGGUCUUCGUGGUGAAGAAGGUGAUGAGGGUCAAAUGGGUAUUAAAGGUGAACCAGGUUACAGAGGCGAUCCAGGUGACGAUGUUGUUGGGCCUCCGGGUAUAAAAGGAGAUCAAGGCGAAGUUGGCGAACCCGGAAGACCAGCGACAAUCGUCAACAUUGAUACUUUUAAACACAAUCUUAGCAUAAUAGCUAGAGGAGACAAGGGUGAGAAAGGAUUUAAAGGAAUGCAAGGCGUGAAAGGAAUAAAAGGAGAAAUAGGUUCUAGAGGUCCAAUGGGCCCUUAUGGGCUAAACGGUCCACAAGGAUACAAAGGAGAUCAAGGAGAAGAUGGCCCAAGAGGAAAGCCUGGUCGUAGAGGAAAGGAUGGUCCUCCGGGUCCUAAAGGCGAUAAAGGAGCGCCUGGCUAUGCUGGUUUUGAUGGAGAGGACGGGUUACAUGGACCAUUGGGAGAAGAUGGUAGACCUGGAAUUCCUGGUGAACAGGGACCUAUGGGAGAGCCAGGAAUAUUCGAUGAAAGAUUAAAUGAACCUCUGCUACCUGGUGCACCUGGACCACAAGGUCCUAUUGGUUAUAUGGGGCCAAUAGGAGCUCCUGGAGUUGAUGGACUGCCAGGGUUGCCUGGAAUUAUGGGGCUACCUGGUUUACCCGGUAUAAAAGGAUUUCCAGGUAGAUUAGGAAAUCCAGGAGUUUCUCCUAAGGGAGAGCCAGGAAGCGAUGGUUUCAAAGGUCUACCUGGACCUCGAGGUCAGCCAGGUUUUCCAGGCUUGCCGGGAACUUUGGGUCCCAAAGGAUUUAAGGGAUCAACAGUUAGAGGCCCUGAUGGCGAAGAUGGUAUGCCAGGUACUGAUGGUAUACCCGGACAACGUGGAGACAGAGGUGAACCUGGAUUUUUGGGACCACCAGGAUAUCCUGGUCGUGGAGUGCACGGAAUGGGACCACAGGGAGAAGACGGGCCACCAGGGCCACCUGGUACUGAGGGCGAUUCAGGUGAACCUGGGCGACCAGGAUACCCUGGACCGAAAGGCCAAAGGGGCGAUGACUGUCCUUUCUGUAGAUCAGGUUUACCUGGACCUAAAGGAAAAAGAGGUGAUGACGGUUUUCCAGGACAAAAGGGAUAUCCAGGAUUUGAGGGAUUGCCAGGACCACGCGGUCAAAUGGGUUUUCCUGGUACUUCUGGUAUUCCAGGUCCAAAAGGUCCAAAGGGUAAUAAAGGUCAAUCAGGUAUGGCUGGACCGCAAGGUCUUAAAGGCCAAAAAGGGCGACUCAUACGACCACCGCUCGACUUGACUUUAGCAGAACGCGGCCCGCCUGGAGAUAGAGGUUUCAUUGGCGAGCAAGGUCUAACCGGUGAUGCAGGAUGGCCUGGAUAUCGGGGUGAUUUUGGCCCAAUGGGUAUUAAGGGAAGAAUGGGAGAUUUCGGUCUUCCCGGACUUCCUGGUCGUAAUGGGUCACGAGGACGAGACGGAGCACCUGGUUGGCCGGGUGCACCUGCUGACAUACCAAUCUCGUUCCUACGAGGAGAAAAAGGAGAACCAGGACUGAAGGGUGAGGCUGGUGACAUCGGAGAGCCUGGUUUAGAAGGAGAAGUCGGAGAUUCUUUAGAAAAUGGCAUUAAUGUUAAAGGUGAAAGAGGUCCACCAGGAUACCCGGGCAGGAAAGGUUACCGUGGUCGAAAAGGAGAGCGUGGGGACAUGGGCUACGAUGGAUAUAGAGGUAUUCCAGGUGACCAAGGUCCACCAGGUAUAUCAAUACAAGGACCUAUGGGAAUAAAGGGAUUUGUUGGUGAAAAAGGAGAAAUAGGCCCAAGCGGAGAGUCUGGCACACGUGGACAACGUGGUCCUACUGGUUUUGGAGGAAAUAAAGGGCAAAAAGGAUCACGUGGUGAAGCUGGUCUUGCAACACUAUAUGGCGAAAGAGGUAUUGACGGUUACCCCGGAGAACAAGGUGAUGUUGGCGAACCUGGUUACCCUGGUACACCGGGUCGCGCUGGUGUUAUUGGAAUUAAGGGACAAACUGGAGAGCCUGGAGAUGUAGGCCUAGAAGGACCACGUGGACCACCAGGAAGAAAAGGCUUACCAGGAAUAAUAGUUCAAGGAGCUCCUGGAUUGCAUGGACGACCAGGCUUACCAGGACUAAUGGGCCAAAUUGGAGAACCAGGGUUACAGGGACUUAACGGUUUGCAAGGUGAUGUUGGUCCUAAAGGAAUGAAGGGAGAAGCCGGGCGAACUGGAGCACGAGGAUGGACUGGUGAUAUGGGUCCUGUUGGAUUUCCUGGGUUCCCAGGAGUAAUGGGUAAACCCGGAUCUAGCGGUGAAACUGGGGACCGCGGUGAGACGGGAGCUCCUGGAUAUCCUGGACAGCCAGGCAGGAUAGGUUUACAGGGGCCGGAGGGACCAAAAGGUAUGAGAGGCAAUGUAGGUUUCCCAGGAAGAACAGGACUUGAUGGACUGACCGGUAUGAAAGGAGAAAGAGGUGAUGUAGGUUUUACUGGCUUGCAAGGAAUGCGUGGUGAAAAUGCAAUAAGUGGGAAUAAAGGUGACAUCGGAGAACCGGGAUUAGACGGAUUAUCAGGUAUACCAGGCGUUCCAGGCUUAAGAGGGUUUAAAGGAGAUAGGGGAAACCCUGGAUUAGCAAUUGGAGGAUAUGAAGGCUUGAAGGGUGAACAAGGUGAAGCUGGUUUUCCAGGUCGUCCUGGUUUUAAUGGAACUAAAGGAGAAUUAGGUGACUACGGAUUUGACGGUGUUAGAGGUGAAAUUGGUGACAAAGGAUAUCCAGGGAUAUCUGGACGCCCAGGUAGACAUGGAUUCAACGGAAUUAAGGGAAGAAGAGGACUUAGAGGGCUGAUUGGACAAACUGGCACAAAAGGUGACCUAGGUAUGGAUGGUGAGCCAGGAAUUAUGGGUAGACCUGGUCUUCCGGGAGAUGAAGGGUUGCCUGGUCCAACAGGAAGCAGAGGAGAAAUGGGCCUUAAAGGAGAACAGGGUGAAAUGGGUAUUACUACCUAUUUGCCUUCUACAAAAGGAGACAUGGGCGAUAUGGGAAUGGAUGGAAUACCUGGUAUGAAAGGAGAAAAAGGUGAAUCUGGCUUCUAUGGAAUUAAGGGUAUUAAAGGUGAACGCGGUGAUAUUGGAUUCCAAGGACUAAUGGGUGAUGAUGGAUUACCUGGAAUGAAGGGUUUAAUAGGUGAUCAAGGGCCACCAGGUUUACCUGGAUUAAAUGGCAUAAACGCUGAAAGAGGGGAAAAGGGCAGAGCAGGUAUCGACGGACUACAUGGAUGGCCUGGGCCGAUGGGUCAAAAAGGUGCCCCUGGUGAAUAUGGUAUAAAUGGUCCUAUUGGUGAAGCUGGGCCGCCUGGCUUAAGUUUUCAAGGCCCUAAAGGUUUCAAAGGCAUGGAUGGAAAUGUCGGUAGACAAGGAGCACCAGGUAAACCUGGCCCUCGGGGUAUGGAGGGAACUCCUGGAUUACCGGGCCGGGUAGGAGAUGUCGGUGAUCAAGGAUCAGCAUAUAGCCCCAAAGGAGAAAGAGGUGACCAAGGAUGGCAAGGAUUAGAAGGCUAUAGAGGAGAAAAGGGAGAUUCAGGCGAGGCUGGAUUUGAUGGAUAUUCAGGCCAACAAGGACCUACAGGAUUUAAAGGAGAAAGGGGUGACGAGGGUUUACAAGGUAUAAUCGGCUUCAGAGGAUUGAAAGGAAGGAGGGGAGACAAAGGGGAUACUAUUCAUCCAUCUGAAAUAUUGCCCGGUCCUCUUGGAGAUAUUGGCCCUGAAGGGUUCCCUGGACGUCGCGGUCAAGAUGGAAUGCCUGGAGCUUUCGGUCGUGAUGGUUUACCGGGUGUAAAAGGAGAGCGUGGAGAUAUCGGUUUUCCAGGGAAUGAAGGACCUCCUGGACUGCAAGGCUUACAAGGAAUUAAAGGCAACGUUGGUUUUGUCGGAUACGAUGGCCAACAAGGUGCACCGGGAGCGCCAGGAGCACCAGCACCACCUCCACCGAUACCAAAAUCGAGAGGUUUUUACUUUGCAGUACAUUCACAAACAAGAAUGAUUCCGCAGUGUCCAGCUGGUACUUCACCUCUUUGGGAUGGAUUCUCCCUAAUACACAUUGUUGCAAAUGCUAAUGCCCAUGGACAAGACUUAGGUGCCCCAGGAAGUUGUCUGCGCAAAUUUUCAACGAUGCCAUACAUGUUUUGCAAUCUAAACAACGUAUGUAAUUUCGCGCAACGCGAAGAUUACAGUUUUUGGCUCUCUACCCCAGAACCUAUGCCUAUGGCUAUGACACCUAUACAAGCAAGAGAUGUUGGAUCGUAUAUAUCCAGAUGUCAAGUGUGUGAAUCGUCAACAAGAACCAUUGCCAUACACAGUCAAAGUAAUGAAGUACCUACCUGUCCACAAGGCUGGGAUGAAUUAUGGAUAGGCUAUAGCUUUUUAAUGCACACGGCUGGUGCAGGCGCGGCUGGACAAAGUUUGAUAUCACCUGGUUCAUGUCUUCGUGAAUUCCGUACUCGUCCGUUUAUCGAAUGUAACGGAUUAGGCCGUUGCAACUACUUCGCUACGGCAGUAUCCUAUUGGUUAUCGACAAUCGAUGAUAAUAGAAUGUUCCUACGACCUGAACAACAAACCCUAAAAGCGGAUCAAGUGUCGAAAGUCAGCAGGUGUGCUGUGUGCAUGAGGAGAAGGCCAGGCCCACCAUCUGGUACCUACUACCAGGGAGGCGACGUGAGCUCGGUACCAAAUGCCGUAGUGCGGCGACCGCCUGUCUAUCGUCGGCCCUAUUCGCAGUACCCACGCAGAUACCGCAUCGCGCGUGGUAGACGUCGCCAGUGA